AUAUAAGGAAAGUCAGUUUGAAAUUCGCAAUGCGCACGCUCUUUCACUACUUUGCUUUUAGUACCCUUUUUGAACCAUGUCUAAAGUCGACUAUAACAGUGCUUCUUACUCGAAAUUCCGUCCUACGUAUCCGGAGAAGGUGUUCUCCUUGCUGUACGAUUACCAUCGUGGCUCAUUUGACACGGCACUUGAUGUCGCUACCGGUACAGGCCAGGUGGCGGUGGAAUUAGCCAACAAGUUUCGUCACGUUGAAGCCAGUGACACUUUGCCGGAAAUGAUUGAAAAUGCUACACCCAAGGACAACGUUACGUAUUCUGUGGGUACCGCCGAAGACUUGGCAUAUGAAGAUAACUCCAUGGACGUUAUUACCGUUGCCACGGCUUUCCACUACUUUGACCAUGCCGCUUUCUUCAAAGAAGCCAAGCGCGUGUUGAAACCAAACGGGACAUUAGCGGUGUGGGGUUACUUUUAUCCUACCAUCAAGGAUAAUGAAGAAGCAGCCAAUGUGUUGAAAUCCGUCACCAGCGAAGGUCCGUUGAUGAGCUACCUCGACAGUCGUGUGAAAUACAUUAUCAACAUGUACAGAGAUAUUGAAUUCCCGUUCUCCGACGUGAAAUGGUUCAUCUCACCAAAGAGUGCGGAUGUUACACACAUCAGCCAACCGGUGGAUCAGUCGUUUAUGGAGAAGACCAUGACAUUGGAAGAAUUCAGCAAUUACAUGAAGACUUCGUCGGCUUAUGUGAAAUACAAGAAGGAACAUCCAUCUGAAGAUCCGAUGGAUGAAGGCAUCAACCGCAUCCGGGAAAUUCUCAAGUUAUCCAGCAAUCAGGACACAGUACACGCAGAAUGGCCUUUUGUGCUCGUGCUUUGUAGAAAUACCGCAUAAACGGAAUGCAGAAAAAUCAUGCCACAUAUUGUCACAAAAGAAUUUCUGUCUCUAUGCUGAAGCAUAUGCAGUAGUUUCUAUGUUGAUUAAAAGUCUUUUUUGGAAAAGCAUACUAAAAGAUCAUGUCCCAAUAACAAGAAUAAGUAAGUCAAAACAAUCGAUCUGGAUCACUGGAUCGUUGGACAACAAACUUUAUUCCGAGCGUCCGAUUGGGUGGAUCGCCAAAAUGGCGAUUGACAUUGAAAUAUGAACAAGAAUGAAUAGGGCAACAGUGAAAAAUGUAAAUGAC